UCCCUCCACUUCAGCAGAAGGAGAGCUGGGGGCGGGGGCAGUCCGGCUGGGCUCCACUCCGCCAAUGCUAGAAGGCUGCCUUCUUACCUGCCCUGGAGACUAGGUGGAAGAGUGUCGGCAGCGGAGGGGGCAGCGCAGGGGGCCUGAGCAGGGAUGCCGCCUCUCCAGCAGCAGCAGCAGAAGGAGGAGGAGGAGGAGGAGGAAGGGGAAACAACCAGAGGAAGAAAAGGAAAUAUUAAAUAUCGUCCUGGGGACUGAAGGCAGAUAUCCGUUCUUUUGAUACACCCUUCCCAACUGAUCCAGUGGGAAAAUCACCCACUCUUCUGCCAUGGACAGUUUCAACGUCUCCAGAAUACUGGCUUCAUGGGAAGAGAAUUCAACAGCCAGCAGGGCAGCCUCUGUUUCUGGGAAUUUAUCCCUAUCUGCCAAUCUUGGUCUGGAUGUCAGCGGCAUUCUCAUCCCUCUGGUUUACCUCAUCGUCUGCGUGGUGGGACUAGCUGGAAACUCCCUGGUCAUCUAUGUGGUUUUGUGUCAUGCUGUGAGUGAAUCGGUGACCAAUGUCUACAUCUUCAACUUGGCCCUGGCAGAUGAACUCUUCAUGUUUGGCCUACCCUUCUUAGCUGCACAAAAUGCAUUGUCCUAUUGGCCUUUUGGUUCAUUCAUGUGCCGGCUUGUGAUGGCUGUGGAUGCUAUCAACCAGUUCACUAGUAUUUUCUGCCUGACUGUGAUGAGUGUUGAUCGCUACCUGGCAGUGGUGCACCCAGUGAAAUCAUCAAAAUGGAGGACAGCACGUGUGGCCAAGGCAGUCAGCGCCACCGUUUGGGUGCUGUCUUCAGUGGUGGUGCUGCCAGUGGUCGUGUUUUCAGAUGUCCCUCAGGGCAUGAGCACAUGCCACAUCAAGUGGCCUGAGCCAGCUUCAGUAUGGGAAACUGGCUUCAUUGUCUACACAGCUGUGCUUGGCUUCUUUGGGCCGUUGUUGGUCAUCUGCCUGUGUUACCUGCUUAUUGUUGUCAAGGUCCGGUCAACAGGCAGAAAGGUUCGAGCACUGACAGCCAAGCGCAAGCACUCUGAACGGAGAGUCACGCGCAUGGUGAUAGCUGUGGUGGCUGUCUUUGUACUCUGCUGGCUCCCUUUCUAUGUGCUCAACAUCAUCAAUGUCACCUGGACCUUGCCUGAGGAGCCAUCCCUUUUUGGUAUCUACUUCCUUGUUGUGGUACUGCCCUACGCCAACAGCUGUGCCAAUCCCAUAAUCUACGGCUUCCUCUCUUAUCGCUUCAAGCAGGGUUUCCGUAGAGCCAUCCUGAGACCCUCUCGUCGGGUGCUGAGCCAAGAAAUGGCAGCAGCAGCAACCACAGGUGAUAGGAUGGAAGAAGAGGAAGAGGAGGAAAAUGAAAUGGAGGCAGAAGCAAGUGAGGUCUGCAAGAUUGCCCAAAAUGGCAAUGGCAGGCAGGAGUGCACCCCCAUCAGUGGGGCAGGGGGAGGCAGUGAACAGAAGCAACUCCCCGAGGAACCGGUUAGCUCUGAGAAACCCAGUAUUAUGAAUAUUAGCUACUUAUAGGGACUGUUUUUCUUUUUGAAGUGCUCUGGAAGUGACUCAUGUGGAGCAACAAACAGAGGAGAAUUCAUAAUUCAAAGGAUUCCCAAAAGAUGGAAAGCCUGCAAGGGAUGUAGGUAGAUAAAGAUCCACUUUCAAACCCCAAAGCAAUGCCUAAUAAACAGAGCAAUGGGUAGAGCAAAGUCUUCUGGGAUUUGGUUUGGAAGAAGUGUCCUCCUUCAGCUGGCAUGAUUAUUAAAGUAACUCUAAUGAUUUUUAUGUCAGCUGAGCAAGGGCAAGAGAGUCUAAGUGUACUCUCCAACAUUCUACAGUUGAAAAACAGGGGUUCUCUUAUUUAUUAAACUUCUGUUAUGCCAUCAAGGAUCACUGCCAACAAGCGAUCCCACCUCCACCCACGCAUUAUUACACAUUGCGGAAGGCAUUCCAUAUUAAUAUACUCUGCAAGAGCCCCUCCCAUGCUGUCUUCUGUAACAGGGCUUGUUAAUAACCUGACCAUAAGUUUCCUUGAAAACACAAACACACCCUUAAUAUAACAUGAAUCUUGCAACAACUCUGAUUGUGCUUCUUAGAGCAGGGGUAGCCGACAAGGCGUCCUUCAGACGUUGCUGGAUUUCAGCUCCCAUCAGCCCCAGCCAACGUGGCCAAUAGACAGGGAUGACGGAGUUGUAGUCUAGCAAUAUCUGGAAGGCACCACUUUGGCUACCCCUGUCUUAGAGAAUAACUACAACUCAAAUGCAUUCAGUACUGUUUAUUACUGUUUUGACUAGGUGUCAUGGGGAUGGGACAAUUGGGAAGAAAGGAAGAUCUGGGGAAGUGGCAUAGCUCAAUGGUAGAGCAUACGCUUUGCAUGAAGAAGGUCCCAGGUCCAGUCCUCAGCAUCUUCCAGGUAGGGCUGGGAAUGUCCCCCAGCUGAAAUCCUGGACAGCUGCUACCAAUUAGUGCAGAUACUGAGCUAGAUGAACCUGUGGUCUGACUCUGUAUAAGGCAGCUCCCUAGGUUCCACAUGUACUUAAAUUAAUAAAACCCUUCAAAAAAGGGACAACAGUGAUGACUGAGGAAAAAUACUAGAAAAUUGUCAGCAUUCCUGGAAAAUAGGGUCUCUUGGAGGAAUGUGGAUCAGACCUUUUCAGAGUUAGUGCAUCAUAGGGGCUGAGUACCUAUGGGUACUUUCCUAGCGGUUAGCCCUAUAGUGGGAUGUACUUCUGAGCA